AUGGAGAUAUUACAUAAAUUUAAACAAAAUGGUUAUUUUACAGCAGAUUUGUAUCACCUGCUUGCGAAGAAGAGGAUUUCAGAUCCGUCUGAGGAGAUCACACCCUCGGAAUACGAAAAGGAGAUGAGGAUGAGCACAGCUGAGCGUUUAAAAAGCUUGAAUACAGUUAUUGUUGAUAACAUUGUGUCUACAGCGAAGAAUAGGAAAGCUGUUCUAUCAUUUACACCAAAGCUGAUUGUCUUCCAGAAUUUUAAGCCAAACGAUAAAAUUGUGGCUAAAUUCUCAGUCAAAAACAUAAGCAAGAGUCCAGUUUACUUGAAUAUGGUGUAUAAGGAAUCGUCGUAUUUUUUUAUUAAACCCUGCGGGGGGCAGCUGUUGUCGCGGUUAGCUCCAGGGAUCAGUGUGUCUUUCGCUAUUACUUUCCAACCUGUGCAAUAUGAAGACUAUACGCAUCGAGUCACAUUUUAUACUGAUCUAGAUCAAUAUGUUCUACCAAUUAUCGCGAUGGGUCCCCGGCCUGUGUUUAAUUUUCCAGAUGAAAUUGUUAUACCUAAAAUACCACUCAAGAUCGAAAAUCAUGUUGUAUUACCAGUCCAUAAUGUUGGGAUGAUUCAUGCUGGAUUUACAUUGACAGCAAGAUGCCCUUUCUCUGUGCAACCUAAAUCGGGAUAUCUAAAUCCUAACCAGAAAAUUGAUAUCACAGUUGGCUUUAAGAGUAUGCAUCUUGGAGAAAGAAUUGGGAUUAUGAAUGCAACAUUUGAAACUGGUGAGAAUUUUUGUAUUAAGUUAGUGGGAGUCACCCACACAGUGAAUAUACAAUUGGAGAAGGCAGUGGUUCGCUUUUUGGACACCUACAACACUAUGGUGCGACAACAAUCGUUUAAGAUUACGAACAAAUCCGAUCACAUCAUUAGUUAUAUGUGUAUGAAAAAUAGUUGCGUAAUAGGGGAUUUUGAAAAUAAAGUGAAGUUAGCAACAGUAUUCUACGACUUGAAAGAAAACGAAUCUAAAAAAUCCAAUAAGAUGGUGUACUAUGAUGUACUCAGCAGCGAGGAACACGAACGAGUCUAUACGAGAGUAUUUUUCGACGAAAUGCAGGCUCUGGUGGCUGACGAAUCUUUACAUUUUCAAGAUACACACUUUUCAAUAUCACCUAUAGAAGGCAAUCUGUGGCCAAAUAAGACGACAGAACUGACGAUUACGUUUUCUCCAAAACAAAUAGGAGAAUUCGAGGCGAUCGUCUUUUUAGACAUAGAUGGUGUUGUUGAGCGAGUACCUUUAAAAAUGGUUGGUACUUCUUUGCCGCCUCUCAUCAACUUGAAUUUGGAGACAUUGGACAUGGAUCGAGUAUAUAUUAAUAAAACUUACAAUUAUGAAAUCGUCGCUAUGAAUAAAGGUCACAUAAAUGGAGUGAUCGUAUAUAAAGAAUUACCACCAUUAUUCGGCAGUAUUAUAACUUGCACUCCGCAGAUGCACUGUAUGAGACCGGGCGACGUAGAGAAAUUUAUCAUUUCGUUUUGCAAUUCAAAUCAAGGGCCAUUUUUUGAAGAGAUAAAUUUCGCUAUUCGGGAAACUAAUGUUGUCCUAAAACUUUAUUUAAAGGGUGUGGUUAUUUAUCCAUCAUUGAUGUUUAGCAUGCCGUGCCUUGAUUUUGGAAUGGUCAGUCUAGGUAUAUCAAAAACAUUGGAAGUAGAGGUGAUUAACGAGUCUGUAGUACACGUGGACGCUAACGUGAAGAUUUCUUCUGACGGGCCAGAGAUAAGCAGCAUAACCUUAAUUGACUAUUCCGUGGCUGAUAAACCAAAACCGAAAAUCCCCCAAUGGCCGCGAGAAUUUCAUAUCGAACCGCAGAAGAUUCAUAUAUUACCAGAAUCCAGAGUAUCCAUUAAAGUUAAACUGACGGCAAACUUAAUACGUGCUAACCAGACGUCGCUUGAGUUGGAACUUGAUAAAUCUGAUAGUCCACCGAUAGUUUUGCCAGUAACGUUCAACGCUAUGGUACCUAUCAUCACUCCUGUGCCGGAUAUUAAGCUCCGAGCGUGUUUCCUAGAUUUUCCUUACAAACAAGAGAUUCAUGUCUUCUGCAGCGAUUUUUGGGGAUACUUUUCUUUGGUAGAACCUGAGAUUGAAUCAACGUUAGAAGUGGACGUGGAUGUCAAAGAGGGCAUAAUAAAACCAAAUAGUGUUUUAAUAUUACCCGUCACUAUAAAAACUAGUGUUCUCGGCGUCCAGGAGUAUUCGAUUAAACUGAGUCUCUUCGGUUUGUCUCAACCAGUUGAAAUAUGUCACAUAACUGGUUGUGGAGUGAGGCCCAUAGUGACUUGCAAUCCCAUGGCUUUACACUGGGGACAGGUUAAGCUGUUGUCAAAAACUCAUAAGACCCUCGUACUAUGCAACGAUUCACCUGUCAUUGUUAAUUUUAAAGUCUCUUUGUUAAAUCGGGAUGGUAGAUGGCAUAUUUAUCCAACAGAAGGUAAUAUACUACCAGAAUCUGAGUCCGAAUUAACUGUUAGCCUAUAUUUGAUUGACGCUGACAGUUAUACGAACAAAGCUGUAAUACAAUUGGAAAAAGUAAAAGAUAUAUUGGUACCGUUAUCUGCAACUGGAAUAGGAACCAGUAUUUUAGUUGGCGAACUACGGGAUAGAGUUAUUUUGGGUCGUCAUUUUACUAAAAUACCGCUCCAAUGUAAAGUAAUUAUGGAGAAUUGCGGAACUCGUAUGCAUGCCCUGGAAUGGAGCGAACAUUACAAAGCGCCUAAAACGAAGCAAAGCACUACGGGGUUCUUUAAUUUAGAACCAAGGGUUUUUAAAAUGGCGGCGGGAGAAAAAUUAGAGUUGAAUGUGACGGGGCUCUCCUACAAGACAACAACGAUAAAAGAAAUGUGGUACUUGGUCGGAAGUGUGGAAGGAAUAAAUAAAAAGGAGUUGUUACUUGAAUGUCAAAUUGUAGCUGAAUUCGUAGACCCUAAAAUAGAGGUGUCCUCUUCUUCCAUAGAAUUUCAAUACGACUAUGGACCGUACAGCGAGUAUUACAAAUUAACAGAUCUGGUUACAAUUAAAAAUGUUUCCAAGUUACCACUAGAUUUCGAAAUAAAUGUCAAACCUCCGUUUGCUAUAAUUCAGAAGAGUAGUUCAUAUAAAAUAUUGCCGACAGAAGAAAACUUAUGCGGGUGCAUAUGUUACAGAGAAUCUGACAUUAACAUAAACAAUAUACUUAACGAAAAUGGACAGCAAUCUAAAGUAUUUAUAGAUUACUUGACUUUGAAACCAGUUAAUCCUCUGAGAAAAGGUCCCCUGCAUUUUUUUCAAGAUAUCAAUAGGAUAAAAUCGGCUUUCAAUCUUACACAUAUGAUUGAAGAAAGAUUGGACGAUCAAGAUAUUAUGAAAAUACAAAUUCUAUUCGACACCACCAAACAUACGUCACUGAAGUCUAGAGUUUAUUGUGAUUUAAUGCGUUUGAAAUUCAAAGGACAUAAAAAUAAGGAUGCAAUCAAACUUGUUGGAAAAAUAAACUUCCCGAAUAUUUUUGUUCUAUCUCCAAGAGUAGAUUUCCAAUAUGUUCUGAACGGACGUAUUGAGAGCAGAACUAUAAAAAUUCAAAAUACAACACCUCUUAUGGUUUGCUAUAGAUUCAAUUGGAAGAAAUGUACAAUAAGUCAUAUAGUGCAGGACGAGGGGUCAAAAGAAGAGUUAGAUAGUAAAAUCACCUUGUAUCACCAAGAAUCAACAACAGAAACUACACAUUAUAGCGGCGCCGAGGAAUUGCACGAAAUACUACCAUGCCGCACCGCUGCCGAAGCUUUGUUUAUUGAUGAUGAACUGGAUCAAAGUAAUGCUCCCGAUAUGCUAAUGUCAUAUAAACAAGAAGUGAAAGUAACUCAGACGACAAGUUCACAGAGUUUGACAGCGGAGGAUCCCGAAUUACUUAAUUAUAAAAUAAUGCAAAAAGUUACUCCCAUGUUGGACAUAGAAUGUGAUGGUGAAUUUGAAUGGUCAUACAAGUUUUUGAAGCUCAAUAGAAAUCAAAACGUAUCGAUAAACGAUUUAUUCUACUUGAUCCCCUUUUCCGGAUUAUUGAAACCUAAUGAAGUUCAAUAUGUUAAUAUAAUGUUCAGACCCAAAACUGAUAUAAGCGUCAGAGCUACAUUGGAGUGCGAAGUUUUGGGAGGGCCUCCAGAAACAAUAAUAGUUACUGGUCAAAGUUCAAAUUUACUAUACAAAAUAAACACGCAGCGAAUAAAUUUUAAAAUACGCUCAUUUCACGAGAAUGCAACGGAACAAUUGGUGAUUUCAAACAUAUCACAAUUACCUUUUGAAUACACAACUUACCUUAACGAACCCGAAUUUGAAAAUGAUUUGCCUGGAAGGAUUCUCAAUUUAAUACCAUCUCAGAAACUUUUAGAGCCGGAGGAGCAAAUAGAAAUGAAAGUUGAAAUGAGACCUGGUGUUAUGGGAUACUUUCAGACUAAAUUCCUUUUAGAGAUUGGGCAUCUCCCUCUGUUGCACAUAGAGGUGUUCGGAUGGGGUGUCAUUCCACAAGUUUAUUUUUGUCUACCACGGCCGGACAUAUUUAAACUUGAUGAACAAAUCGGAUACCACGCCAUUCCAAAGCUAACAACAGAAUAUUUACAAGCUGUUAGCGAAAUAUUUACCGUUGGCACCUCUGAGCAUUUAAAUUCUCCAUUGACUGAAAAAUGCUUUGAAGAUCCCACUUUACAACAUGAUUGGCAUAUAUGUUCUUCUUGGGAUCUCUAUCCCUCGGUAAUGGAUAUUGAAUUAGCUAUAGAAAGACAGUUGGUAAUUGAUCACAUAAAAUUACGACCAGACCUACUGACAUCGUAUUUUACAACGGGAAAAAUGGGGCCUAUUCCAGGCUUCCUUACAGUUCCAUAUGUUAUAGAUUUUGGAGUUGUUAUCACGGGUAGUACUAUACAAUGCUCUGUUGAGAUAGUAAACUAUGGUCCAAUAGUAUCAAAGUUGCACUUUGCUAAAGGCACUAACAUACCGACUUGGUUGAGUUUGAAAUUGUGUGGAAAAUUGAAUCCAGGUGAGAAAGGGAAACUUGAGGUUUCGUUUGCACCCACUUCAAUAGAUUUUACGGAACUCGAGCAGAAUGUUGAAACGUCAUUUAAUAUAGAGGUUCCAUGCGGAGUUAUAAUACCUAUACGUAUAACAGCACUCUGUGCUGUACCUUAUUUAGUUUCAAAUAUUAAAGAAAUUGAUUUCGGCUCCGUCAGAUGCGGGGACAAGAUAACAUGCUCCAUUCCUCUCAAAAACAUUGGGAAACCGGCUUGCAUUUGGUUCGUUACGUUGAAAUUAAGAUCUCCCGGGCCGAGUCCAAUGACAAUAUUGGACAGUUCAGGAAAAUAUGAACCAGGCGAAGGCGGCUGGCUGAGUAUUGCGUUCAAACCUACUAUUGAAAUGGUGUAUGAGGGCCUACUUAUAUUUAAGUAUCAUAUGAAUCCAAAUAGAAUGACGAUACCCAUAACUGGUAAAGGGAUUAUGCCUCAAGUACAUAUUAUCGGUCCAAAUGUAGCAUUUCCACCAACUCUGCCGUGGUCGGAAACUUCGGAUAUUUAUUUCGGACUUACAAACCCGUGCCCGUUUCCUAUUGAAUUAAUCAUAGCACACAGCGAUAAAAUGUGGCAGCAAGAAGAAGAAAUAUAUCAACUUUUAUACAAAUAUUAUAACAAACCAGAUGAAAUGUUGGUUCCUUCUAUACAACCUGGCACAGGGUUCCCAUUUGAAGUAACAAAUUUUUAUACAAAGUUCAAAGAAACGGUGAAAAAGUACCAAGAUGACGAGAUUCAAGGGGCAAAAGUCACAACAUCACGCUCAAUUGCAUCUUCAAAAAAACUCAAAAGUCCUAAAAAUACUGCUAAACCGUCGUCUGUAAAAGAAUCUACUUCUGUAAAGAAAGUUCGAAACGAAGCAGAGAUAAUUUCAGAUGUCAUCAAGGAGUUUAAGGAGAAGAAUAUGGAUCCGUUAAAAGAGAGCCUUUCUGUAUUUGAUACUGUUUCAACAGAAACUGGAACUGAAAAAUAUUCCAACGGAGUUUUAAUUUUUGUUCAUGGAUCCCCUUGUGAAGAAGUCCAAUGCCAGGAAAUGGCGUAUUCUCUCGGAAAAGCUCUUCAACUACCGACAAUCAACAUUGAUUUGUGUAUCGUAGAAGCUUUGUGCGUCUGUACGUGUCCAGCAAAAUUAUUAAUCACAAGUGCAAUUGAAGAAAUGUAUGCCAUUUACCGAAAAGGUGCGACGAACAAAACCGGCUCCGAAGAAGAUGAAAAUGAUGAUGAAAUUUCAUCGGAGGAAAUUGAGGACAAGUUUGACAUUAUGUUGAAAAAGAUUGAGUAUUUGGCAAUUAAUAAAAAUGUAGGCACACCUAAAUCUAAACUUGGUGAUAAGAAGAAGAAAAAGUCACCUACAUCUUCAGUAGCAUCUCAAUCAGCACUCGGAGCGAUAGGUUCAACCACUAUGUUUCAAAUGGAUUUGAUGCUGGAACUCCUAACAGAAUUUUUCAAAUUGCCCAAAUUCGACCGAGGCUUCAUUGUGGAUACCUUAUCGAGCGAAAUUUUAAAAAAUCCUCCACUAGCACUAUCAACAAUUAUUAAAGCAAAACACUCAAUAUGGAAUGUUAAUUUGAUACUGUGUCAAUCUGAUUUCAAUAAAUGGGUCCAGUCAUACGAGGAAGCUCAGCGAGAAAUGGAUCAAAUAGACGAGAACAUACCCAAAGAGUAUGAUGAAACUGAAAUAGCAGAAAUCGUUGAAUCUUUUGAAGCGAUGGAGAGUGAAGAAUACGAGAAUGCCGACCCGGAGUUAAAAGCAAUUUACAUUAGUUAUGGCUUAGAGAAUAGACGUAGAAAUUAUUUAGAGAAAGUUGGGUAUAGAAAAGAUUCUGUUACAAAAUUGAAGAGUGCGAAAGAUCACAGUAAGUCAAUCCUGGUUAUCGAAAAAGAUGAGUCUAAGAAAAAAAUUAAGAAAGAGGAAAUGAGAGCAAAACCUACGAGUGAAUACUUGAUGAUGAACACAAAAUACAACGAAUAUUUAAAAAAUACUUUCGAAAACCUGAUCAAUAUAGCGAAUAACUGGGUAUUUGAAGAGGAAGAUGUUGGUUUUCCUUUGUACGGCUUUAACGGACAAGUAAUAAAUGCAGCACAGAAAAAGGCUAAGAAAAAAUCUGAUGUACAAAUCCAAAUGUCAGAAGUAAGUUUUUCUGAACGAGGAUUUCCAUUGACAAUAAUAAUGUGUCCAUGUCUUCGAUAUAAACAAGUUUUAGUACAUAAGUUUGCAACGUCAACACAUAUUCAAGAAGCUUUAAGGGAAGAAGAAAAGUAUGACGUACUAAAGUGUCCUAUCGAUAAAAAGUCUUACACUGUACUCCUACCUAAAACAUUUCCCAGUAUAAAUCAUGAAGAACCUUUGGAAUGGAAAUAUUUGGACGAACCUCCUAUUAAAAAAUGUGAAUGUAACCAAUUAAAUGAUUUAAACCUGUUGGACGAUACCAGUCAAGAUAAUGUUUUAAAUAUACUUAGCAAAUGGAACUGCACAUGUGGUAAAAAGGUAACAUCGUCCCAAACAUCUACUAGUGAAAUACCGGUUGCCUCUCUAGAAAAAGUUGUAGCAAAUGAAAGUGAAACUGAAGUAACAUACCCUUUACCACUACGUACUGUGAAGUCAUUGACCGAUAUCAAUACUAGAAUCGUUUUACAUCCCGGAGAUCUAGUACGAUGCAAGUACUCCUUCAGUCCUAAAGUUGAAGGAAAUUUUAGUGUCAAAAGAUUCGUGGAAGUCAGUGGCUGGCCUGAAUCGAGGGUAGACAUAAACGUGUCUGGGAUAUGUGACCUACCGAGAUUAGACAGUCGCCCGAAGAAAAUGUUUGAAAACUUCGUCAGAAGAGCGUUAGAAGAUCAAGUUUAUAAAGUUACUUAUUUGGAUGAUCAGAAACUAUUUGAAUUUGGACCUAUAUUUGUAGGAAUGAACAGGAUAUAUGAAGAAAAAUAUACCAUAGACAUAAGAAACUCUUCUUUGAUAACGACAGACAUCGAAGUAGAAUUUCUAGAAGAAACUACAGUUUUCAUUAUUGAUAAAACUUCAUUAAUACUGGAGCCUGGGUGUAGAGGUAAACUAGAGGUAUCUGCAGCACCAACAGAGGUAGGAGUGCAUACGAGUGUGUUGAUGUUCUGCGUCAAAGACAAUCCCGAAAUCGUGACUGUUACAGUAGCUUGUAGAGGAGUUGUGCCUACCGUUGAAAUUCUUCCAUUGACGAAAAUGAUUGAGUAUGGAAAACAUUUACUAUAUAGACGUGAAGACGACAGGUUUAUAGUGAAAAAUGAUUCAAUCUUGCCUAUAAAGUGGCAAAUACGAAAUGCUUCGGAAUUUGUAGAGGAUUUUAUAAUAUCUGAAUCAUCGGGCGUAGUGUUACGUCAUGAUAACCAAGUUGUACCCGUUACAUACAUCGCUUGCAGGGUUGGAGUUAUAUCAAACAAGGCAUUGACAAUUGAUAUAUACGAUGCAGAGGGUCGUGGAGAGCCAAUGUUAACAGAUGUUUUGUUCUUAUCUGCGGAGUGUUAUGACGUUAUGGUAGAUUGUGCUUAUGAAAAUCCCAGCGAAAAUUUCUUAAACUACGGAAACGUCAAAGUGAAUUCCACAGUUUAUCGAGAAAUGUAUUUGCUAAAUCGUGGAAAAUACAAUGUUUAUUACAAGCUUAAAAAGGUAAAGAAUUUUCCUGAACCAUCGUUGCUCCGAUCUUUUGAAGUGAUGCAAGAAUGUGGAGUUGUACCACCAACAUUAAAAUUAGUUAUCAUAGAAUUUGAAUGUACUCCCACAACUUCCAUGAAUUUGGUCAACGUUCCAGCUUAUAUUUGUUCCAUUUUAGAUGGUAGUAAAAACCAGGUGGUUGUAGCAAAGUUUCCCGUGUGCAUUUCAAUUGCUUCGUUUUAUAAUACUUUCACUUUAUUCCCUUUGGGGGAGUUAAAUUUUCAUAUUAUUGCUGUCGGGAGCGGUGUAAUGCGUGACGUUAUUUUAAACAAUACGAGUAAAUGCCCCGUAACCUAUGAAAUAGUUUUACCCCCGAAGUAUCAACCGCAUCCUGAAGAUCCACAACCUCAGAUGAAAUUAAAAGACAAUAAGUUGAAAAACCCUCCAUUGAAAUGUGGAAACUUUCUCAUUUUAAACGAUGACAAUCUUCUGGCUCCUGGUACCAGUAGGACGCUUCAAAUCCAAUUUCUUGCUACCGCUGCGAAGACAUUUGAGGAGACGAUACAUUUUAUAAUCAGUGACACUUGUCCUGCUGAAGCUCAGGGAGUUCCAUUAAAACUAGUUGGUACAGGAGCAAUGCCGACGCUCGAUUUUUGGAACUUAGAAACGACAUUUCGCGAACAUCUUAUCGUUAAAAAUUUGUCUGACUAUAAAGUGCAUGAGUCAUCACCGCAUUGUGUAUUUGUUGAAGACUCCGUCACUCUCCACUUUUUCGCCGUCAAUGUAAAUUCUAGCUAUGUUGCAAUUGUCGACCUUUACAAUAGCGGACUCGUUGCUUGUGCAUUAACAAUGAAGCUACAUUAUCAAUCUAAUACAGAACAUAGUAUAUUUUCACUGGACAAGUACCAGACCCAUAUAGAACCAUUGUUACAUAAAAACUUGGGUAUUAUAUUUAGCCCAAAAGCUCUUGAGGAAUACAGAGCGGUUUUAGAAAUAAGACUUAAAUUGCUUCAGAAUCAAGAGCAAUCUUUUAAGAUAUGCUUAAUUGGUGAAGGUGUUAUACCAAGAAUAUUUUUAAUAUCACCGCCUUUGAAACAUCAAAGGAUUGCUCUGUUACAUUUUCCCGUUACCUGUUUGGGAUCAAUGACGAGUAAAAAGAUUCGUUUUAAAAACGUCAGCUCAGUACAAACGAUAGUAGUCGCUGAAGUUCUAUUCUCAAAGAAAGAAGAAAGACCAGUGUUUUGGUUAACCUCAGCCAUUGAUAGCGAACAUAUGAUUAUUUAUGGAAAUAAUGAUGACAUGAAUAUAGUAAUGAAAUUGAUGCUCAAGCCAAAUGAAAUAGCCACGCUAUAUGUCUAUUAUAAUCCUAUUAGAAGAGGAAGAAUUUCUUGUGAUGUAAAAUUAACGAUCGUCGAAAAUCCAUACGAACAUUUUACGGUACUCUGCGAAGCCGAGGCGUUUAUGGAAGAUGUAAUUUUGACGGGUUUAGAAAUGCUGUUCAUGGAUAUCGAUUUGGAAGUAUUCAAAGGAUCCGGUGAAGGAACCUUAUCGACGGUGUCAACGCUCGACAGUAGAAAGAAAAGUAAAAGUGCAACUGUGGAAAGAAAGAAAUCUCGAGCGUUAGAAAUAAAAAAGAGUAAGAGGAUAUCCCAGGCUUCGGUGAAAAUGAGCGAUACAACCAGUAGCGCUGAGCAUUCUAUUCUGAAAUACAUUUUAAAUUUUGGCGGCUGCGAGCUAGCUGUGAUGCACAGAAGAAUAGUAAUAAUGGUUAAUAAUUCAGAAAAAGUAUAUAGGUUUAAGUGGGGUGAAUUGGAAAAUAUUGUUGUUAAACCAUCGGUCGGAUAUAUUUCACCCGCAGAGGAAAAGGAUAUAGAAAUAGUUUUUUUCUCUCUACAACCUAUUGUAAUAAAGAAGGAAUUAUUGCAUUUAACAUUGACGGCCAUAAGUGAUGACUUCCUAACACUUGAUAUGAAAGCCACGACUUGGGAUAACCGACAAACUGUUACUGUUUUUGAUCACAACACAAAUGCAGAUCUGAACCAGAGAUUUGAGACGCCCUUGGAUGAACUCGUCAAUCAAAAUACGGAACCCUCUGCUGACGUGAUACAAAUGAUUAUCGUGCUAUCAGCAUUGACAGAGUACACAAAGUAUACGUGCAAUUUAAAGGCAGAAAAACGUUUGGAAGAUACAUUCAUUUAUCAAACGAGAAGUUUUAACUUCAAAGUUCAUAAUAUCGGAAAGGUACCAAUGAAAUUAGUAUGGAACUUUAUAAUCGAUGAUAAUUAUCCAGCACGGAUAGAUAAAUAUGUACCCAGAGAAGAAAGUGAAAGUGCUAACGAAGAAGGUGGAGAAAAUGAUGAACGGAAACCAUCUGAACAAAUUGUGAACCAAAAUGAUAAUCCCAGUAAAAUUACCUUAUUCAGCGAUAGUACGGGAAGGGAGAGUGUUGAUACAUGGUUCGAAGCUGACUUACCUUUCGUCAUAAAACCAGAGAGAGAAUGUCUCAAACCGAAUGAAAGUCGAGAGUUUAAAGUUACCUUUGCACCGCUAGAGGCUUUCCUUUUUAAUGUCCGACUUAAAAGUUCAAUAGAUAAUUUGGAUCCCUAUGACCAAAAUAUAUCAUGCAAAAUCCGAGCCAAAUCCUUAAUACCAUAUGUACACCUUAAUAUUGAGGAGAGUGAUUAUAUAUCGUCCGGCAGAAGGAAAACAACUGGUGUGGCGCUGCCUCCUCAUAUAAAUGUGCUUGAAUUUAACGUGCUCGGUUCCGGUUGUUAUAAAAAAGCUUUCAAUGUUAUUAAUCCCACAUGCGAGGGUUACGAGUUCAUAUUCGAAAUGGUAAUGUCUGACAACCCUGAUCUCAUUCCUAUGCAUUGCAACAUGCUGAAAGGUUACGUUGAAGGAGGUACAAGUACGGAAGUCGUGUUUACGUUCUCACCAACAGCACCUGGGACGUAUGAAUCCCAAUGGAAAUUCAUAAUUCCCGUUCAUUCGUUGGUCAUGAAUCUCCUGGUAGUGGGUAUUGUGCACGAGCCAGAUGUUAUGUUUGUACCAACCAUUCUUAUAAUAAGGAACUCUUUGGUUGGAUUUACGACGACACAUACGGUCAUUUUAAAAAAUACUGAAAAUGAAAGUUUGAAUUACGAAUUCAAAGGAAACUCUUUAUGUAACGAAUCGGGUAAAACACCGGUCGUAGUUGAACCAGAAAAAGGUGUAUUGAGACCUAGAUCGGAGACUCCUGUUAAAAUAAUCUACACUCCAAUACAAGACGGACCACUUUCCUUCAAAAUAUUUUGCAGUGUGACGUACUUAACGAAACUUAUAACUUUGUGUGUAAACGCUCUGAGUUACUCCAUAAAGCCGAAGGUCACGUAUUAUUUGAUUGGGAAUGAUCAUAUACUGCAAAGUGAUGCGAUCACUAAUAUUCAUUUGGAUCAGACCGCUUCAACAUACGAGAGGACAAUUCCGUUUACAAUCAAAAACGAUGGGUCUGCGACGUUCUUUUUCGACUGGCGUUACAACACCAGCGGUGUGAGGAAGUACCUCAACAUGUACGUGGAACCGAGCAGCGGUCACGUGACUCCUGCCGCGGAGGUCGAAUGUAUUCUUCAUUUUACACUCAAAAAAGUACCUGUCCAGUCAUUCCCUGUUAAACUCUUUAUUCCCGAUGGUCCCGAGUAUAUGAUAUACCUUCAUGCAGAAAUUAAAAAACCUUCAUAUAGCUUUUCGUGUAUGGAAUACGAUUUUGGUAGAUGUAUCGUUAAUGCUCCAGAUUCGACUUAUAAGAAAAAUUUAGGUGUUUAUAAUAAUGACACCGAACCUAUUACUGUUGACCUAAAUUUCUCUAAUGUCCCUGAACUAUUUGUGAGCUACAAUAAUGAGAGCAGUAUUGAACCCAAAAAUCGUUUGAAAAUAUCAGUAUUCUUCCGCCCUAAACAAGUUAAGGAGUAUGAAUUCAAAUUGCAAUUUUGGGUGAAUUCACUAUGUGAAGAAAUCGUUACUAUCAAAGGCGAAGGAAUUCCUCUUCUAUUCGAUCUUUAUGAAGGAUGUCAAAAGAGUUUUGAUCUAGGACCAGUUAAAGUAGGGGAAAAGAUUAUUCGACAGAUAGAAGUUAUGAAUCAUAGUAAGGUACCCAUUGAGGCCAGUUAUAUAUUCAGGGUCAUGCACCCGAAUAUCGAAGACACUACGAAAUCUGAAGGCACCAGUGUUUGUCUUGUACCCAGUGCUACCACUCUUCAAGCUGACGGUGGACCAUCCAGGGGCCAUAUGUUACAACAGUAUAAAAACGACAAGAUCCAAGAGCAAAUAACUAUGGAUGUACAAAAUUCUUUAGCUUCUCUAAAAGUGAUACCAACAAAGUGUUUAAUAAAACCGUAUAUGAAAGUGCCGUUAAAAAUUUUGUUUAAGCCUGUUGGGAUGAUAAGUGACCUCAAUGUUCAGCUUAACAUGAAAGUGUUUGAAUUCGAGCGCCCUCUAGUGCGUUUGAGCGGAAGCGCUACUGGUAUGUCAUUAUGCUUCAGUCAGAAUUCACUGCAAUUUGGUCGUGUGCGCAAACGAGGCUGUAAGAUACUCAAGGUCAUGCUGUUCAAUAAAGGCGACUUUGGAGCAAGAUUUUGGUGGCAGCCGUUAAUAUCAAACGAGUUCUUAAUAUCCCCUAUGCAUGGGAAUAUAUCGGCACACACUAAUGUCACUUUUACAAUAACAUUUCGACCCGUCAAUCAUAAUCCAUUUAUUAAAGUUUGGGCAUCCUGUAAUAUUGAGAACUAUAAACCGUUGGAGUUAGCUCUGUAUGCCACUUGUGUGGACACUGGCAAUGUUCAAAUGAAAACUUUGUAUUUCGAAUGUCCGGUCAGAGAAAUAGAUACACAAUACGUUGUUGUCACAAAUCCUUCCGAUGAUAUGUGGCUGGUUUUGUCCGAAGUGUCUGGUGGACCGUUUGAAACUUUAAAGGAAUUUAAUGUAGAGCCGAAUUCAACUAUGGAUAUUCCAAUAUAUUUUAAACCGAAAACGGUUGGCAAACAUGAGAGCCAAGUAUUGUUUUCUCCUCUGGGCGAGAGCGCGCUGUUUAUAACGCUAGUGGGCUCAGCAGUUCAUCCUAAUCCUAACGGCAAUGUGAACAUCACUGUGUCGGCAAAAGAACUACACACUGAGCACCUGCUGGUGUAUAAUAUUACAGAGUUUCCAGAAACAUACCUUGUUUCUACUGAGUUUGUCAAAAUAAGUCCGGACAAAUUUGAUGGUUACUACGAGAUCAAGCAUCCAGAGACAAUAAAAGUAUGGGGAGAAGCGUCUGCUACUUGUCGUUGGACUUUUGUGUGCUAUGAGGAAUGUGAAAUUAUAGCAAAAGUAAUGUUUGUCAAUGAAGACAGCCGUGAGUAUCAAUUCUACAACGUUGUUGUGUCCGUCACGGAAAGCAAAAUUGUGGACACAUUGACAUUUGUGUCACCCGCGAGGGAGUCUAUGCGGAAAGAGCUCAUACUCAAGAAUCCAUUGAGCGAAGAUGCCAAUUUUGCCAUAAGAUGCGAUCACCUUGAAUGUCCAGACACGUUACUUAUUACUAGAAAUUCAGAGGCAACACUCGUGAUGGUCUACUCUCCUCUUGUGGUGGGACAGAUUGAGGAUGUUUUGGAAGUGAAGAACUUGGAGUUCACAACGUCUCUCGGCUUGUCUAUUCCUCUACGACUACGAGUUCAAAAUAAGACUGACGUGAGAACUGAUUUCAUCGCAACGGUAUCCCAUCCGUCAAUAAUAACAGAAAAAGAAUAUGAACUGGGACCAUUUGAGAAGGGUAAAUUUCAGACUUGGUUCGAACCGACAGUACUUGGGGUUCAGAAUUGCAAAGUAUCCUUUAAUUCUCCUGUGGCGGGUGAAUUUGUCUUUAACAUAAAGGGCAGAGCUUUAGAGCCCAAACCUCAAGGUCCAUUUGAAAUAAAAUCUGGAGGAUCGGUUGUGAUUACAUUUAAAAAUGUUUUUGAAGACGUCAGAAUGUUUAAGAUUUACGUCGAUCGCGAGGAGUUCUAUGUCAGAACACUUUAUGAGCCUGUGAAGUCUAAAAGUGAAUUAAGUAUUCCAGUCUUUUUCAAUCCCGGGUCGUCACGAACUUCUACGUCUACUCUCACCGGUUGUCUAACCGUCGAGACCUACGACCCACCGGAGCCUCGAGUUCAAUGGACGUACUUCCUCGAGGGAGUCCUUUAG